GAGGGCUCUUGAGACGUAAAGCAAGUCUUCUCGUCGGAAUGAGCUUUUUGUUUCGCAAACGUAUAUACCCCUUGCUCAGACUAACCAAAUCCUUAGUACUCUGGGUCUCUGGAGCCCCUCUGACUACAAGCUUUUCUCAAUCGUCCUCUGGUUAGGCAGACACAGUCGAAACCAUCUAGAUUCAGCGCCAUCACACUACUACACUCAAGACCAUGUCCUCAUCUUUCACGUACCCGCCUUCCAUAGCUUACCCCCCACCUCCACCAACUAAUAAUGCUCUGACUGCUGAGCAGCGAAGCCAUCUCAUACGGUCAUCUAAGAAACUUGAACGAGUCCUUGGUGAUACUCCACGUUUCGUUGACAGUGAAAAUAUUGAGGGUAUGUACCAAGCCACUCGGUUGAUCGAUACCAUGCUGAUAAUGCGCCUUUGUCUAGCCAUGAGCCCGCGGUCUCCACGCAGCUCUAUCAGCCGCUCGUCGGUAGAUUCACAACUCUCGAACUCAUCAUCUCAGUCACCGAGGGUUCCCUUGUCAUCGAAUCCCUUCGCAUCUCCUGAUGAAAUCAAAGCUGGGAAUUCAUGGCGCAAAUCCAAACGUCUGCCACCUCUUCUUAGACUAGCCAUAAACGGUACAUCCCGAUCCCCGACGACAUCGAAUCUCUCGACAAUUCCUGAAUCUCCUUC